GCCAGGCCCGUGCGGAGCCGCCCCGACCCGGCCCGCCCCGGCCCGCCCCUCCGCCGCGCCCGGCAGCGCCGAUAAAGCGCCCGAGGCGAGCCCGGGGCGGCUGCGGGGCUCAGCCGCGCCGCGGGCAUGGAGCAGCGGCGGCUGAGCCCCGGCAGAGCCGGGCGGGGCGGUGGCGGCGGCCCCGAUGGCGCGGCGAGCGGCGGCCGCGGGCGCCUGGCCGAGUCCUGGCGGCGGCUGAGCUCCCGGCGCGGCUCCAAGCGCACAGGACCCUCCUCGCCGGCGCUGGCGGCACAGAAAUCAUGGAUAGAAAGAGCAUUUUACAAGAGAGAAUGUGUUCAUAUCAUACCCAGCACCAAAGACCCCCAUAGGUGUUGCUGUGGGCGUCUAACAGGUCAACACAUUGGACAGGCUCCAAGCACCUCUGUAACUCAGAACGAGAAAAAUGAAACCAGGAUCACUCGCAAUGACAUCCAGUCAGAGAAGUGGUCCAUCAGCAAGCACACACAGCUCAGCCCGACGGACGCUUUUGGAACCAUUGAGUUCCAAGGAGGAGGCCACUCCAAUAAAGCCAUGUAUGUACGUGUGUCUUUUGACACAAAGCCCGACCUUCUUCUGCAUCUGAUGACCAAAGAGUGGCAACUUGAGCUCCCCAAACUUCUCAUUUCUGUGCACGGGGGCCUUCAGAAUUUUGAACUUCAGCCAAAACUCAAACAGGUCUUUGGAAAAGGACUUAUUAAGGCUGCAAUGACAACUGGAGCAUGGAUAUUCACUGGAGGAGUAAACACAGGGGUCAUCCGGCAUGUUGGAGAUGCCCUGAAAGACCAUGCCUCAAAAUCUCGAGGGAAGAUCUGCACCAUUGGUAUCGCACCCUGGGGGAUUGUGGAAAAUCAAGAGGAUCUGAUUGGCAAAGACGUGGUCCGACCAUACCAGACAAUGUCCAAUCCCAUGAGCAAGUUGACAGUGCUGAAUAGCAUGCAUUCUCAUUUUAUUUUGGCUGACAAUGGUACUACUGGUAAAUAUGGAGCAGAGGUAAAGCUUCGCAGACACCUGGAAAAGCACAUUUCACUUCAGAAGAUAAAUACAAGAAUUGGCCAAGGGGUUCCAGUGGUGGCCCUUAUUGUGGAAGGAGGUCCCAAUGUCAUCUCUAUUGUUCUGGAGUACCUGCGAGACACUCCUCCUGUUCCUGUUGUGAUAUGCGAUGGCAGUGGCCGAGCAUCUGACAUCCUUGCCUUUGGCCACAAAUACUCUGAAGAAGGAGGACUUAUCAACGAGUCUUUGAGGGACCAGUUGCUAGUUACCAUCCAGAAGACUUUCACAUACACCCGAACCCAGGCACAGCACCUCUUCAUUAUCCUUAUGGAGUGCAUGAAGAAGAAGGAGCUGAUCACAGUUUUUCGAAUGGGAUCAGAAGGACACCAGGAUAUUGAUUUAGCUAUCCUGACAGCACUACUAAAAGGAGCUAAUGCAUCUGCUCCCGACCAGCUGAGCCUAGCACUAGCCUGGAACAGAGUAGACAUCGCCCGCAGUCAGAUCUUUAUUUAUGGGCAACAGUGGCCGGUGGGCUCCCUUGAGCAAGCAAUGCUGGAUGCACUGGUGUUGGACAGAGUGGAUUUUGUGAAAUUACUCAUAGAAAAUGGAGUAAGCAUGCAUCGUUUUCUCACCAUCUCCCGGCUAGAGGAAUUGUACAAUACGAGACAUGGACCAUCCAACACUCUGCAUCAUCUAGUCAGGGACGUGAAAAAGGGAAAUUUGCCUCCUGAUUACCGGAUAAGUCUGAUUGAUAUUGGGUUGGUGAUAGAGUACCUGAUGGGAGGAGCGUAUCGCUGCAAUUACACCAGAAAGAGGUUCAGAACACUGUACCACAAUUUGUUCGGGCCCAAGAGGCCAAAAGCCCUGAAGCUGUUGGGAAUGGAGGAUGAUGUCCCUUUGCGUCGAGGGAGAAAACCAACAAAGAAAAAAGAAGAAGAAGUUGAUAUUGAUAUGGAUGACCCUGAGAUCAAUCACUUUCCCUUCCCAUUCCACGAACUGAUGGUGUGGGCUGUGCUGAUGAAACGUCAGAAGAUGGCUCUCUUCUUUUGGCAGCAUGGGGAAGAGGCUAUGGCUAAAGCACUGGUGGCCUGCAAACUCUGCAAAGCCAUGGCCCACGAAGCAUCAGAAAAUGACAUGGUAGAUGACAUAUCCCAAGAGCUGAAUCACAAUUCCAGGGACUUUGGCCAGCUGGCGGUCGAGCUGUUGGACCAGUCGUACAAGCAGGACGAGCAACUGGCAAUGAAACUGCUGACCUAUGAGCUGAAGAACUGGAGCAAUGCCACAUGCCUGCAGCUUGCAGUGGCAGCCAAGCACAGGGACUUCAUUGCUCACACUUGUAGCCAGAUGCUGCUCACUGACAUGUGGAUGGGCCGUCUCCGCAUGAGAAAAAACUCUGGCCUAAAGGUAAUUCUAGGGAUUCUACUUCCUCCUUCAAUCCUCAGCUUGGAGUUCAAGAACAAAGAUGAUAUGCCCUACAUGACCCAGGCCAACGAGAUCCAUCUUCAAGAAAAAGAUCCAGAGGAACCAGAGAAGCCAGUGAAAGAAAAAGAAGAGGAAGACAUGGAACUCACUGCAAACAGCAGGAGCUGCCCACAGGACCCCGACUGCAGGCAGGCAGAAGGACCUGCCUACAGGAGCCAAUAUGCAGGCAAGCCGAAGGAGCAGCCCACAAGACCAACCUACAGGACCCGUUUGCAGGCAAUGCUGGGACGGGGGAAUGGAGAGGCCUCAAGAAAGAAAGAGGAUGAGGAAGUUCAGAGCAGGCACAGAAUGAUCCCCAUUGGAAGAAAGAUUUACGAGUUCUACAAUGCUCCCAUCGUGAAAUUUUGGUUUUACACCCUGGCCUACAUAGGCUACUUGAUGCUGUUCAACUACAUUGUGUUGGUGAAGAUGGAUCGCUGGCCAUCUAUUCAGGAGUGGAUUGUCAUAUCAUAUAUUUUCACCCUGGGAAUAGAGAAGAUGAGAGAGAUCCUGAUGUCAGAGCCCGGGAAACUGCCGCAAAAGGUGAAAGUUUGGCUCCAGGAGUACUGGAAUGUUACUGACCUCAUCGCUAUCCUCCUGUUCUCUGUUGGGAUGGUUCUCCGUCUGCAAGACCUGCCUCUCCGGAGCGACGGGCGCGUGAUCUACUGCGUCAACAUCAUUUACUGGUACAUCCGGCUGCUGGACAUCUUCGGCGUGAACAAGUACCUGGGGCCCUACGUCAUGAUGAUUGGGAAAAUGAUGAUAGACAUGAUGUACUUUGUCAUCAUCAUGUUGGUGGUUCUGAUGAGCUUUGGUGUGGCAAGACAGGCAAUUCUCUUCCCCAAUGAGGAGCCUUCAUGGAAGCUGGCGAAAAACAUUUUUUACAUGCCUUACUGGAUGAUCUAUGGGGAAGUGUUUGCAGACCAGAUAGACCCACCUUGUGGUCAAAAUGAAACCAGAGAAGACGGCAAGAUAAUCCAGCUACCUCCCUGCAAGACAGGAGCAUGGAUCGUUCCUGCCAUCAUGGCCUGCUACCUCUUGGUAGCAAACAUCCUUCUGGUGAAUCUUCUCAUUGCGGUUUUCAACAACACGUUUUUCGAAGUCAAAUCUAUAUCAAACCAAGUUUGGAAGUUUCAAAGGUACCAGCUCAUCAUGACAUUCCAUGAAAGACCUGUUCUUCCACCGCCUCUGAUCAUUUUCAGCCACAUGACAAUGAUAUUUCAACAUCUCUGCUGCAGAUGGAGGAAGCACGAAAGUGACCCAGACGAGAGAGACUAUGGAUUGAAACUUUUCAUAACUGAGGAUGAAUUGAAAAAGGUCCAUGACUUCGAAGAGCAAUGCAUAGAAGAGUAUUUCAGAGAAAAGGAUGACAGAUUCAACUCCUCCAAUGAUGAAAGAAUCCGUGUCACUUCAGAAAGGGUAGAGAACAUGGCCAUGCGACUGGAAGAAGUAAAUGAAAGAGAACACUGCAUGAAGGCCUCUCUGCAGACCGUUGACAUCAGGCUUGCUCAGCUGGAAGACAUGAUGGGACGAAUGGUGACUGCCUUAGAAAAAAUGACUGGCAUUGAGAGAGGCGAGACAACUAAGAUACGAUCCAGGACCUCCUCUGACUGUACUGAUGCAGCCUACAUUGUGAGGCAGAGUAGCUUCAACAGUCAGGAAGGAAAUGCCUACAAGCUUCAAGAGAGCAUUGAUCCCACAGGAGAGGAGUCCAUGUCCCCAACGUCACCUACGAUCACACCCCGCAUGCGAAGCCACUCCUUCUAUGCAACAAACAUGAAGGACAAGUGUGGGUUGGAAAAGUUGGAAAGCAUUUUUAAGGAAAGAUCUCCAAGCCUACAUCGGGCAAUCAGUUCCCACUCAAUAGCAAAAGAAGGAAAGGCUCCUUUACCCCCUACCAGCACUUUGUCAAUUGCCCCGGACUCCAGAAGACCUUCAUCUUGUAUAGACAUCUAUGUUUCUGCCAUGGAUGAAAUGCAUUCUGACACAGAACCUCUCGAGAGCUCCAUAAAUAUUCUUGGUCCCGAAGAUGCAGCUCUGCCAACUCACAUAGCCUCUUCCCUUUUAACUAAUAGUGCAUACAUCAGGAGUACAGCUGGUGAAAAGAUCUCUGGCAGAAGUCUUGAUUAUGAGGAAACCUCUGGGAUAGAAACAAGAGCAUUUUCUUCAGACUAUUCACAAAUCACAGACUGCCAAAUCCCAUGGGAUUCAGACCCUCCCUUGUAUCAUACUUUAGAGCGAUCUAAAAGCAGUCGUUACCUGGCUACAACUCCGUUUAUUCUGGAGGAAACACCAAUUGUGAAAUCUCACAGCUUCAUGUUCUCUCCUUCUCGAAGCUACUUCAGCAGCCUUGGCGUCCCGGUCAAAACAGCAGAGUACACAAGUAUUACAGAUUGCAUAGACACGAGGUGUGUGAGUGCUCCCCAGGCCAUUGCAGAGAGGGCCAGUUUCCCUGGAAGUCUCAGGGGCAAAGUGGAAGACUUGGGAUGCUGCCACCCAGAGAGAGAAGCUGAACUAACCCACCCAAGCUCUGACCAUGAGGAUAUUGAGGUCAAAGACAAAAAGGGAAUCGCCUUAUCUCCUCAAGACAGCAGUGCUACAACUCUGCCCAACAGCAUCCCACUCCCAAAAAUAGAGCGAGCCAACAGCUACUCUGCAGAAGAGUCCAAUGUAUUAUAUGCACAGCACACACGAAAGAGCUAUUCCAUCAGUGACAAACUUGACAGACACCGAAACACAGCAGGCCUGCGGAACCCCUUGGAGAGGACUAAGUCCUCAAGGCCAGAGAGCAGUGGGGAUAACCUGUCCACGAGGAGACUGUCAAGAACAGGAGCCUUCUGCAGCUUUGAAAGCAAGCACAGUUAGGCUUGUACAAAGCUCACCAGCAGUCUGAGGAUCAUCUGCUCUUCAGUCUACUUUUCUUAGCAGAAUUUUAAAAAAACCUUCACAUCACCCCAUGUCAAGUCCGAUUGGCAUUAGCCACUGGUCAAGGAAGUACAUUUUGCAUCUCAGCAUCACCACUGAGGUACUGCAUCUUGACCUUUGACAUUUGCACUUAUGAAAAAAGGGAGGGAUGAAAGCUUUACAAAACCUUCAGUAAACAAGCCCCCUUAGUGAAGUCAGAAGAAAUAAAUUAAUAGGUCCAGAUAUCUGUCUUUUAUUAGAGGGCAUUCAAGUUUUUAAGAUGCAGGAAUUAACUGGCAAAAAAGAGGUAUACAAAUUAGAUGUUCUGGACUUCAAUCACAACUUCUUUCUCAUCUAUGUAACCAUUGUGAUGACUGGUGAAAAGCAUUUGUUAUUUCUGUAGGAACUGGCAGCAAACCUAAAGUCUCCCAAGUCCCUUGCAUCCCACAUUUGUGGAAAUGAAGAAAGAUGAACACAAUAACAACUAUAAAUGUUCACUUGUCUCCUUUUUUAUCAACUUCUAGUGCCACAGAAAGUCUGUAUUUUCAAGAGUGGAAAGGGAAAUGAAAUGCCUUUUUUACUGCAACUUAAAUGGAAGAAGAGUUUAUGUUAAAAUGUCAGGUGAUUUCCUGUAUAAAACAGGCAUUUUAGAUUCUAGCACAGGUGAGCAAGCUCAGGAUGAAUGUAAUUAAGUGGAAUAGUAUAUAUUUAUUUUUUUACCACAUUUGUCAUCAGUACGUUGUCUCACUUAAUCAAAGGAUGUGAUGAAACAAUAAGAAUUGGAUGAUCAGAGCAGAGUGUAGUAAUAGUGCCCAGUUCUCACUGCUCAGUUGAAUUAUAUAUGUAAAUUGAGGAGAUUUAACCACCAUGCUGCUACCAGGUUCUUCUUGCUGUUUCGUUUGAGCUGCCGAUUCUUCACAUCACCUAAAAAUGUACAUUUUUAUUUUUCCUAAUGUGAACAUAGCUGUAUUCAGACUUUUAAAAUUAUACAGGAUCUAUCAAGAAAUCUGAAUUCAAAUUCAUGUAAUUAGACUGAAGUUGCUUAAAGGGAAGUAUUUUUGGCAGAGGACUGGAAAACACCAGAAUCUCUAUAUGCUUCUAAGGUAAGUAAAAGAACCAAAGUGGAAUUGCAAGUGUCUGUAAGAAGCAAAAGCCAUCAGUUGUGACUAGGCAUCCACCAUGCAUCAGCAUAUCACACAACGAGCACUUUUAGUAGGAGAAGGUGUGUCUGCAAGGUAGUGCAGUUUCGGGUUUUGGUCAAAGACAGUUGUAACUGCACUGACCGCACCCACAUCCCAAGGGUCUACAUUGUCAACCAGAGUUUCAGACUUCUCAUGAGAUGUUGUCCAGUGGUCACAGGUGGAAGGGUAUACAGAAGACUGGAAAAGGGUGGAGAAGCAUAAACUGCAACUGGAAAAACAAUUCGCAUUCCUUUAUGAUGGCACAACUUUUAAGCUUUUAAAAAGUUGACAGUAGUGCUAUUACAAGUUAAAAUAUCUCAACCGUUACCAAUAUUUGUGUAGAACCAGCUCCUUUUUGUUAUUAAAAAUGAGUGGGGUACAUAUUUCACAUUAUUUAAAUGUGAAUUAUCUUUCAAAGGCAGCUUUGAGAAUAAAAGUUGAUGUUUUCUCACUGAGUCCUCACCCUGGGAGACUCUGAGCACCAACUGAGAGUAAAUUCCAAAAGACAAUUAAUCCAGACAGGAAAAUAAUCAUCAGCCUCAAGAAAAGACACAAAGAAGGUGAAAACAUUUAAUUAACAAGUCACUGCAUUGGAAAGUUCAGGAAACACGGAAAUGCAGCAAGGGGAUGUUAAGAACAAUGUGUUUCACACUUCCUGCACCAACGUGUUCCUUGCUUUCUUCUGUUUGAUCAGGCUUUCAGUGGACUAAACUCCACCAAGACACCAGGUUUAUGCAAUUGCCUUGCAGCCCAUGUGCAGCAUUACAGUCACAUGGGGAUACCAAGAAAGGUCAGAAACCUUUCUGUGCAUUAUGAAGCACGCUUGUGGAAGGCUGAUUGUUGAACAAUAGCAAAAUGCCCAAGGGCAAAGGAACUUGUGUUUAACAAUAUGCUUCAAAUGUGCCAACCUUCUGUUAGCAGCCUUUCUUAAGGCUUCUCCAAAUCUAUCUAUCUAUGGAGAGUAGAGGGGGAUAUUCUUACUUUGUUUUCUUUGUUACUUUUAUGAAUGUCUGCUAAAACUAUUGUUGACUCUUUCAUCUUCAUCAUAUUACUGGUCUACUCAAGAGGAAUUUCAGAUUCAUUAGAAAUUCCUCAACAAUGUUUAGUGAAUUAGUUCAAGGCAUAGGGCUCUCCUCUGGGGUAGAUUCUGGUUUGUUUGUCAGGGUAAAGAAAUUUGCCAAGCCCAGAAGCUGUAUAAAUGUUUAGGAUACAGCACCUUAUUGAUCUGGAGCACACAUUCCAGGUAAAAUGAAACAGAACACUUUAUUUACCUCUUAAAAUUUGCCAUUAUAUAUAAAAUGUAAAUUCAGAUGUUAAAAGUGUGAUUGCAAGAUGUCAGAACACUACUUUCCCUGAAUGUUUCCCAUUUAUUCUACAACGUGGUGUCUAUAGAAUAUAUUAUGAUGGAUGUUAGAUUAUUUUAUUUUCACAUUGCAUCAAACUGCUCUUUUUGAAUUUGAUGAUAAAAACACCCAUUUCUUGCAAUGGGACCAGACUUCCCAUUCUCGAUAUUACGACCUUUUAGUGAGAUAGAAGUCUCAUCAUCCAUCAUCAUGUAGCUAUAGCAUGUGCCAUAUGAUGUAUUCUGUAUCAAAGGAUAGCUUAUGAAAUAGACACAUAUAUAGUUGUGACAUGUGGUAAUAUUAGUGAACGUUACAGGACAGUUAUAAUAUCUCAUUACAUGGUCUUGUUUGUAAAUCUGUAACAUUCAAUAAAAUAGCACAUGUUGCAUCAAACAUUAAGUUCCACUAUCCAAUUAUUAUCUUACAUAUGGAAAAUGCAUUUCCGGUCACAGUGUGUAAGUUUGGUAUGUUUCACACAUUUCUUUGUAUAGCUCCACUUAAAUGUCUGUAUGAGCUGAUGUAUAAACCUCUAAUGAGCCACUGUGGGCUGUGACAGAUGAGUUGUGAUGGUGUGAAAGAUGAACUGGCAUGUUAUGCAAAAUAUUAUAAGAUAAAUGAACUUUAAUCAUAUUUUAAAACUCAACUGAGCUUAGCUGUUUGUUUACAUAUGCUGGUUGACUGAGGAAGCAGUGUGCAGUAUUUUAUAAAUAUUUUCCUAUAGUAAUCCAUUUUGUUGUUUCCUGUUUAAGUGAUUCUAUUCUACAGUUGGGGUAUACACUUGUCUUAGGUAUUGUAUUAUAGCACAUUAUUCUUUCACAAUAACAGUGUGAUAUGACUGAAGUAGUUUCUCUUCCUUACAGUCCAGUCAUUUUUAUGUGAAAGAAAAUGCAUGCAUUGUUCCAUGAGUUUCUUCAGACUGCUAGGAGACUUAACAUUUUGCUAUUGCCUGCCUGUAAAGAUGAAUCCAGUUAGGAAUGAAUUCAAACUUUUGGAUGUUUACAUUAUUUCCAUUAUUUUUGAUCUUUAGCAAAGUAAGUGAUUUUUAAAUUAUUUUUAAAAGACAAUUGUAUUUUAUGAAAUUUGAACACAAAAUGCGAACCUACAGCAGUGCUCAGACAUUUGGCUCUCUCUUUUUUUCGGAAGAGAUCAGGUGCUACACUAUUUUCUUAGCACAAGUGCCAGAUAACAAAUGGCAGUGAGGGGAUAAUUUGAAAAUAUAAUGAAAAACCAAACAUCCAUUCAUCUACAUACGGAAAUCCCUCUGGGUUCCAGACAUAGAUUUUUUUUUUCCCAUUUAUAGAUUUUUUGAUAAAAAAACCCAAUGAAACUGAUUUGUCCAUUUUGCAGAAAGGAUAGCCUUUUGUCAGGGGAUAAAUAUCUUAGUUAGGUAUAUUUUUUGUAUGAGAAGAAAAUGAUUUGUUUCUUAGAAACUGUCAGUGCAUGGAAAAUGCAACUGCAUGAAUAAUUGCUCAAAAAAAAAAAAAAGUGCUGGUAGCAGCACACAGCCUUAGUCCGAUGACUGCAGUGGGUGCAAGCCAGUAUCUGUCCUGAGAGCAGAAACAAUCAAAGGUAUUAGAGUGAGCUAGUGAAACAAAAUUCUCUGUAAAUUCAUGGUGCAGGUUCCAGAGACAAGCAUAAAUGUCUUGUUAUGUUGCUCAGGUUAAACACUGAAGAGGAUCUGAUAAUCACCCGAAGGGAAAGUGGGAGCUGGUUUUUCCUGGAUUUCCCUUGGAAUGCUUAAGUAGUUGUAAUGUCUUCCCCUGCUUAAAAAUGAUAAUAUAUUUGCAUUUUUGCACAAAUACGCGUGAUUGGUUCAACAAAGGCCACAUUUUCAGUUCUGUUGAGAAGUACUAGGUAGAGAUCAUCUUCAAAAAAAAAAAAAAGGGUAAGAUUCCUAGCAUGAAUUUUCCCUUCAACCACCUUAGAUAAAAUCACAGUCCAAACUGGGAUGAGAAGUGACACACUGGGGGUAACUGCUUACCUAGUGAAACCCUUCCCUUUCACUGUCCUUGCCACACUCUGGCAUAGGAGCAGUAGUAUUGGAUGCAGAGGGACUUUGUUUCUGCACCCUGCUUUAUAGCCAGUCAUACAGUAAACACUACAGGUCACACAGGUGUCUCUUCUCCAUGAUUGACUACAAUUACAGUGGUGCAAAUCUGCAGAAAAUCCACUGAUUUCAGUGGUAUACUCUAACUUCUGUCAGGAGAUGGAUUUAUUCUGCAUUUCUAACUCAAUAUUACUUUGAGUCAAGGCAUGAAUUACACUAUAUCAUCUUCAAAUUGGGAGUCUAAUGAUGGAGCCAUUGAGCCAGUCUGGUUGUGAAACAGUCUGCAACCUUUUAAUUUUUGCUGUAUGCUUUCAGAUCAUUCAUAGAGCUACACAAUACUUAUUUCACAUGGCUCAUAGGUAAAAAUAUUUGAUUAUUAAAUUGCUGCUGUUUCUGCUGCAGGGAAGUGAUAACUUUUGUUUAUUUUAGUAUUUGGGAGGGAGGGGGAAGGGACAGAAGAGGGAAUUGGAUGUGAAAUACAGUUUUAUGCCAGCACAAGAGAAAAUUGUAUUAAAGUGAUAUCUUUUUUCCACCACUGCAGUUGUACAGGACGAGAGUCUAUUUGCUGCUACUUCUGUCUGGAACAGUGUUUGCAAUAUUCUAUACUAAUACCUA